AUGAGCUUCUUCAAGAAUAGAGCAGGCCUCGGUGGGGAUGGAUCAAAUUCUAGCAGUCCAUCGCCUCGUCAAGGAUCUCCUGCAGCAACAUCUAGUCCAAAAUUGGAAGCACCGGUGAUUGCACCCGUCAAAGUCAGUCAGGACUAUGGCGCAUUCUCGGCUAAAGGCAGUGGGUUUGGUCUAAAGAUGCUGGAGAAAAUGGGAUGGAAGAAAGGCUAUGGUUUAGGCGUUGGAGGCACAGGCAUUGUCGAACCUAUCCAAACAAAGCUACGGCCUGUUAAGAUGGGUAUAGGUUUCAAGGGAUUUAAGGAAAAGACAGAUCAAACACGUGCCGAGGAAAAAAGGCGCGGCGUUGAAGUCAGUUCAGAUGAAGAUGAAGAGCCAGCCAAGCUCAGGUCAAAGGCUGGAGCCAAGAAGGAGCAGGAGAUCAAAGCAGAUGGGUGGAAAAAAUCGAGCAGUCGCGGGCCACGUAAGGCCAAGGUCGAAUACAAGACAGCUGAGGAGAUUCAGCGUGAAAUUGAGUCUGGUGAUUUACCCAUGACUCAAGUGCAACCUCAAAAAAUUUUGGAUAUGACAGGAAAGACUGUACGAGAACUUUCCUCGGCAAGUCUGAUCACCUCGACAACUCCAUUUGAACAUGAACGUUUCCCUGAACUCCGGCACAACCUGCAGCUGAUGGCCGAUAUCUCAACUACAGAUCUCGAACAACUAGCCAGAGCGCAGAAGGCUGAUCAUGUACGGCAAAAAGUAUUAGAGGCAGAGGGCGAGCGGAUGCAGAAAUUAAUUUCACAAGAUGAGAUCAACCUCGAGCGCCUGACCAGAGUACUAGCCAUUACGGAUCAAUGCUCUAAAAUUGCGAAUGAAAUUCAUGAGGCAACAAGUGACACUUCUGGGAGAGUUGCAGUCGACAUUAAAGAAGAUUAUAUUGCUAAUGCUUUCAAGGAGCCUUUCGAUAUGUUCUCUGGACUUUAUUUUGAAGAAUAUCAGUUGUACGAACUAGAUCAGGCAUUCUUUGCUGCACUUCAAGAUAGUUUCAAAAGGCUGCUGAAGGAUUGGAAUGUACUUGGAAACCCUACUUUAGGUGCAGGGUUGUUUCGACGGUGGCAUAAACUACUUCGGAAAAGCAAGGUGGUCUACAAUAAUGAUCGAAAUACAGAAAGCUUCUAUGGGAGCAAACCUGUUCAACCAGAGCAGAUGACGGCUUACGAGAGCCUGUUAAAUCAACAUUGGCUUCCCAAAGUUCGUUCAGCUAUCAAUAAUGAAUGGAACGCGCGGGAUUGUGACCCGGUAAUUGAACUGCUAGAAGCAUGGGCACCUCCGAUCCUUCCAGAGUUUAUCUAUGACAACAUCAUCACUCAGCUUAUCCUUCCUAAACUUCAAAAGGAGGUGGAUAUAUGGAAUCCACGGGAUUCGCUUAUGCUUCACACUUGGAUUCAUCCCUGGCUACCCGUCCUUGGACAACCACUCAUGGAUCAGGAGCUAUUUGACACAGUACGUCGGAAGCUUGCAUCUGGACUUAAAGCCUGGAAUGUCUUGGACCCAAGUGCCUUGCAUAUAUUGGGGCCAUGGAAAGGUGUUUUCGAAGAUUCAGAUAUGGAAGUACUACUGUUGAAGUCUGUAUUACCCAAGCUAGUGGAAGGGUUGGCAUUAUUUGAAAUUAAUCCACGAAACCAGAAGAUUGAAAUCCUUCAGGCCAUCCUUCCAUGGCACUCAUAUUUCCCUAGUACAACAUUUAGCUCGCUUCUAGUGAAUGAAUUCUUCCCUAAAUGGCACCAGGUGCUAUACUUGUGGCUCACUCAUCCCUCAACUACGGAUCUGGAACAGGUAUCACAAUGGUAUCAAUGGUGGAAAUCAUUAUUCCCUGCAGAACUAGUGCAAGAAACGGGUGUUGCAUUGGGAUUCCGUCAAGGGCUAGACAUGAUCAACCAGUUCAUGGCAGGGCUUCAGAUCAUGGCGCCAGCAGAUCUAGCACAGGCACAAGCACAAACGCAACAAAAACAGCAACAAGGCAAGGCGGGCAGCAGUGGAUCGAGUGCAUCAGCUGAAGCUCUUGGGCGGUUACAGACGAAGAAGCAUUUGGUCACCACGAUGUCGUUUAAAGAUCUUGUACAAGACUAUGCAACACAGAACUCGUUGCUGUUUGUAAUGACGAAGCAGAUGCAUGAACGGUCAGGCAAGCCAUUGUACCGGUUAGGGGGCAACUCGACAGGCACAGCCGGAGGCAUCCUUGUGCACAUGACAGACGAAGUAGCGUUUGUGAAAUCGGAGGAGACCGGAGUGUGGACACCAACAGGACUAGAGGAGUUAAUGUUGCUUGCGGGUGCAGGCAAGACCAAAGGCACAGCAGGAGGAGGAGAACAGAGAUCUCGGUAA